CGUCUCUUAGGUAUUUUGUUUGACUUGCUGAAGCUGAGCUGGAGAGAUAAUGGUGACGUUCUGUCAAUGUUUCAGAACUAACCUUUCUUUUCACGUCUCUAUAAUUUGGACUCUACACUCUGUUAGAAGUUGAAAUCUCUCAGAUCUCCAUAGCUGUUUCCCAUCUUCGUGCUAUGGCGGUGGCAUCCACUAGUCUCAAGAGGAUGGAUCUUCCAAGGCAAGUGGACCGCUCUCUUUCUCAAUCAUCGUCCGACGGUGCCACCAAAGCAUCCAAUCUCUCUUGCUCUUCCCACACUCCUGAUCGCAAUGAUUCUUCAAAUUUAGAUGUCCGAGGUGCCAAGCCUCGGACUGCUACAGUCAUUCCGGAGCGCAGACGCGGACUAAAGAAGGACCUCUGGUUUGUCCGAGCUGGUAAUUCAUCUCUGCCUCUUAGGCAAGGUCAACCCCCCAACAACCUUCCACCUCUGAUCUCACCUCAACUCCCACCUCAGCUUCCACCUCAGGUCCCAACUAUGUUCCCUCCUGUUGAUCAUGUAGAAGGAGGAGAUGAAAACCAACCUCAUGCCUCAGCUCACAACUCAACUUCCAGUGCCAACCAAGACAUAUUUGCAACUCAGCUUAUUGCCAUGCAACAGCAGUUUAGUGUCUUUCAACUAAUAUUGGCUCAGCUUUUAGCUAGAAACAACCUUGGUGAUCCCCUCAUUAAUUUACUGAACCCUGCUCCACAACCACCAGCUCCACAACAGAAUCCUCAACCAGUUCAGCAUGCUCCUACUCUUAAUGAAUCUCAGGGUCAAUCUCUCAUAGCACCAGUUCAGCAACCCCUUCCUGAUGAUGUCACUAGACGUCUAGACAGCCUAGAAAAGCUAAUAGCUAAUCAGCGAGGUGCCCCACCUCCACACCAUGCUGCUGACUCCAUACCUCAUCCUCUGAACACCAACAUCACAUUGGAACCUUAUCCCGCUGGCUUCAAAAUUCCUCAGCUCGAGACUUAUGAUGGGACGAAGGAUCCCGAUGAUCACCUGCAUCCUUUCUACUCUUGCAUGCAAGCUCAGAACGCCUCUAACGUGUUGAUGUGCAAGAUUUUUCCCUCUACUUUUCGAAGUAAUGCUGGAACUUGGUAUUACAGUCUACCUCCAAGGUCAAUUAGUUCUUAUACAGAAAUGACAUCUGAUUUUGCCACUAAGUUUUCCAAUAGAAGGUUAAUCAGGAAAACUACUUUUGAGUUGAUGCGAGUUAAACAGAGGGAUGGAGAAUCUCUGAAGAACUAUAUGAGCAGAUUCAAUGAUGCGGUAUUGGAGGUUAGUUCCUUCGACCAAGCUAUGGGGAUCACAGUUGUGAUCUCUGGUCUUAAACAUGAUAGGUUCAGAGACAGUUUGAUCAAACAUCCUGCCACCACCUUUAGUGAGGUGAAUGAUAAGUCUCUGAAAUUUAUAACUGCUGAGGAAUAUGCCCUGGCACAUAACCCAACUCCUUCUAAGAACCGAAAUCCAGAAUGGAGAGAUGAAAAUCCAAGCAAGAAAAGGAUGAGGAUGAUCAAGAAUAAGAUGGAUUUAAGGCGUCUUGGCCCAAUGAAGACUGUUGCUGCUAGUCGAGAUUAUACCAGAUAUUGUGAUUUUCAUCAAGAUCACGGUCAUACUACAGAGCAGUGCAACAGUUUAAGGCCACAGCCUCAAGGAGUCCGCAAUCCCCCAAAUAAGCAAGGUGUGGGAUAUCAGCAAGCCCCACCUCUACUCCUACCACCAGCUAGAAUCAUACACAUGAUUACGGGAGGCCUGGAAGCAGGUGGACUGAGCUCUAAACAGCGAAAACUCGUGUCCUCGUUGACAUCGGGAGUGCACCAGACAUCAUGUACUUCCACUAUUUUCGAAAGUCUUGGACUGGAUCCAGCAUUGUUGCAAAAAUAUGAUGGUCCCAUCUAUGGUUUCAACAACCAGCCUGUUCAGGUAGAAGGAGUUCUUACCCUCCAUGUUGCUUUUGGGAGUGGCCGGACCUAUGUGACUCUUUCAGUCCAGUUCUUCAUCGUCAAGAUGGCGUCCUCUUUCAACGUUGUUAUUGGCCGACCCACAUUGACUGAAAUCCGAGCAGUGGUUUCGCAAUCUCACCUCUGCAUGAAGUUCCCAACUCCUAUGGGAAUAGCAACACUACGAGUCCUGGUGAAGAAGGCAAACGGUAAAUGGCGAAUGUGCAUCGAUUACACAAAUCUUAACCAAGCCUGCCCCAAGGAUUGCUAUCCGAUGCCGAACAUUGACAAAUUAGUUGAAGCGGCUUCAAGCAAUGAGAGGUUAAGUCUCUUGGAUGCAUAUUAUGGCUAUCACCAGGUGCCGAUGGCUCCAGAAGACGAAGAGAAAACCUCGUUCUAUGCUGGCGAUGAAAUUUAUUACUAUGUCAUGAUGCCGUUUGGCUUAAAGAACGCAGGUGCUACUUAUCAGAAAAUGGUGACCAUCGUCUUACGAGCUCAGAUCGAUAGGAAUCUGGAAGUUUAUGUCGACGACAUUGUGGGUUUAGGAGCUGGUGCUCUCUUGAUUGGCCCAGAUGGAUAUCGAAGUGAACAUACCCUAAAAUUUAACUUCGAUGCAACAAACAACAUGGCUGAGUAUGAAACUCUGCUGCUUGGUCUACAGCUAGCAUUGAAGUUGAAAAUUAACGCAAUCCAAGUAUACAGUGACUCCCAGCUAGUGGUGAACCAAACCAACUCAAUCUGUGAAGUCGUUGAUCCUAUGAUGGUGAAAUAUGUAGCCUUGGUGGCUGAGCUGAAGUGCAAAUUUCAAAAAUUCUAUCUGAGCAAAAUUCCCCGAACUGAAAAUGAACAGGCAGAUUCACUCUCAAAAUUCACCUCUGAUAGCUCCUUAAGUUCCAGAUCAGUUUUUGUGGAGGUUUUAGAUGAACCAAGCUUCAUGAAGCCACGGAUAAUGGAGAUCAGCACAGAUCCAAACACGUCGAGUUGGACUGACUCAAUUUUUUCCUUUUUACGAGAUGGGAUAGUACCUGAGGACAGGCAGGAGGCAAUGAAGUUGAGAAAGAAAGCAUCUCGGUAUACACUCGUUAAUGGGGUCCUCUAUAAGAGAUCUUUUUCACUCCCUCUUCUACGGUGUUUGAAUCCCUAUGAAGCCGAGUAUGCACUUCGGGAGGUACAUGAAGGUGUUUGCAGGAGCCACGUUGGUGCUAGAACUCUGGCUCAAAAAGUCUUAAGGCAGGGAUAUUACUGGCCAAACAUGUAUAAGGAUGCCACUCACUUUGUUCAGAGAUGCCCGAAGUGCCAAUUCUUUGCACAUCUGACUCACCAACCAGCAGAGGAGCUCACGAACUUGGUAGCACCAUGGCCAUUCACUCAGUGGGGACUGGAUCUUCUAGGCCCAUUCGUGAAAGGGGUUGGUGGUGUAACCCAUCUAAUCGUAGGCGUGGAUUAUUUCACAAAAUGGGUUGAAGCUCAACCACUAUCCAGUCUUACAUCCAAGAAGGUCGAAGACUUUGUUUUCAGUUUGAUCAUCUGCAAAUAUGGGAUCCCGAAUCAGAUUGUGGCUGAUAAUGGAACACAAUUCAACUGCACUUAUUUCCGAGAUUUUUGUGAAACACCCUACCACCUGGCCUUUGGUACCGAAGCAAUCAUUUCUAUUGAAAUAGGAGUUCUAAGCUUCUGGGUCACCCAUUUUGAUGAAGGACGAAAUGGACAACUACUUCAGGAAAACCUUGAUCUGCUUGCUAAAGUUAGAGAAGAAGCUUGGCUUCGAACUCUUGUAUACAAGCAGAAAUUAGCCAACUUCUACAAUAAACGAGUCCGCCCUCGAACAUUCAAAGAAGGCCCUUAUACAGUGGCCGAAGUGCCACAUCCUAGUGCCUAUAUCCUCCAAGAUGCUGAAGGGAAGAGAGUUCCUAGAGUCUGGAAUAUCAAUAACGUGAAGAAAUUUUACCCAUAAUAGAAUUCUUUCAAGUAAUCUAUGUCUUACUAAUUCUUUACACUUCUUACUUUGUGAUUGUUGAGAUUCAUUUUAUCUCUUAUUCUAUGUACCCAAGGUCAAUCAGUUCAUUUAUUCCUUGUACCUCACUUCUGUUAAUAAAUGUCACUUCACAUA